CCAAGACCGGUCAAAAUUGUCCACCCUGCGAGCACUGUUCGAAAUGCCUGCGUUUACUUGUGGCCUUUGUAGACGGCCAAUGCGUUACAUCAUCGUCUACCUCUGUUUAGGCCGGUCAUGUGAAGCUUUCCCAUUUAAUUCUUCACAGCUAUAAAAAGGAAAAACAAGACAAACGUCCCACAACGGAGAGGCUUUGUCUCAAGCUUCAGCCGCCUUUAUUUUUCUUUGUGGGGGGAAUUCUCCAGGUUGGUGCUUCUUUGUUUAUUUAACUUUUUGUGAGAUCAAAGUAAGUGGCAUCUCAUGAGGGUUUUGUUGCUCUGUGGGAGCUUAGGAACUUGGAGGGGUCGAUGAUUGGAGCUUGACGAAUCUUGUCCCUCAAUCUUCUGAUCAGUGAUUGGGUUGUGUCUUCUGUGUGAUUUCCCAUCUGGGUCUGGAGUGAAGUCUAAGCUUUUGGGGUGAAGGAGAAGGAGGAACUUUUGGGAAUUCUGGGAUGCUUGGUUUAGUUCAGAUUUUGGGGGAUUGUGGAGAGUGAGUCCGGGAAGCUGUUUCUGUUUUCCCUCACGAAGAUAGGUUCUUGCUGGGUGGACAUGUAAGGAUUUCAUCGAAUUAUGGUGCACUAUCAAGAAAGUGCUUCAAGAAUUUCUGGGUCAUAAAGCACAUGAAGCGGGAGAUCAGCUUUCCUUUUGUAUCGGGUCUCGAUCUUUUUGUAGUUUUGCGAAUUGGGUUCUUUUCAAGGCAUCUAAUUGAUUCGCAGUUACGGCGAGAAAUUGAACUCAGGUGUUUUCGAAGCCUUGGAGUUUACGGCCAGUUAAAAAUUUUGCGUUGAUUCUAUAAAGCCUCAAAUUCAGCGAGUGUGGCUAUUAGCUUUCAGCUCCUUCUUUCUCUUCUCUCUAUACUUGAAGUUGAUUCUCUAUGCGAUUUGAAGAUUUCUGACGCUGUAAGAUGGUCACGAGUGCUUGAAUUACCUGAUAGGGGAAAUUAAAGCCCUAAUUAUACUCUUGGUUAUUGGGCUCACUGAUAUUUCUUAGUUUGGGUUGUCUGCUCAAGAUAUGCAGAUGUUAGGUGCCUUUGUAUUUAUCUAUUGAAGAUAGAGGCUUUGACAUAUGUAUUAAUCGACAAUGGCAAUAGUCACAACAAUACUCCUUCUGCUCCCACAAUUGCUGAGGAUAUCUGCCACUGAUUUCCACUUGAAGUCAAAGGUUUGUGGCGCUGAUCGACUGGCAUAUUCAGGUUAUUCUGGUAGUGAAUUCUUUUACAUUAAUGAAGAGAUAGUAGACAAAAAUCAGUUCUGCAAUGCCCUCAAAUAUCACUAUGAGGAUGGUUGCGACCUUGAGGAUUACCCUGGACCUAAUUGCUCUGGGAUAAAUCUUUCUCUAGUUCGAACGCAUUUUCAUGGAGGAAGAAAGUUUCUGCAGACAGAAGUUAGUGAUGACAAAGUUGAUGAACAGAGCCACGAGAAAGAACAGAAGAAAAGUCCAAACUUUCUUUUAACCCAUAAAAGCGUCAGCUUGGUUGUACCUGGAGUUUUAGCUCUAUCUUGUGUUUUAGCCUGUCCCUGCUUCUACAGAAAAAGAAAAGAAGCUGCUCAAACUGUCCUUCCAAAGGAUCUGAAUUCAGUAAAUUCUACUCCCAUAUCGGAAGAGCGUCCUGCUCCUGAAAAGUUUUCUCCGCCUGAAAAGAUUCCAGGGAGUCCACUUCGGGUGCCACCUAGUCCAUCCAGAUUUUCCAUGUCCCCGAAACUCAGUAGACUUGGAUCAUUGCAUCUCAGUUUAAGUCAAAUCUUGAAAGCUACUCGCAAUUUUUCUCCCUCAAUGCAAAUAGGAGAAGGGGGGUUUGGAACUGUGUAUAAGGCACAGUUAGAAGGUGGGCAGUUUGUUGCCAUAAAACGAGCAAAGAAGGAACACUUUGAGAGUUUGCGAACUGAAUUUAGCAGUGAAGUUCAGCUUCUUUCUAAAAUUGAUCAUCGGAGUCUGGUGAAGCUACUUGGUUAUAUCGAGAAAGGAAAUGAGCGUCUUAUUAUUACAGAGUAUGUGCCAAAUGGUACUCUUAGAGAACAUUUGGAUGGUCUACACGGGAGAAUCCUCGAUUUUAAUCAAAGGCUCGAAGUUGCAAUUGAUGUUGCUCAUGGCCUGACUUAUCUGCACUUAUACUCAGAGAAGCAAAUUAUCCACCGAGACGUGAAGUCAUCCAACAUUCUUUUGACUGAUAGCAUGAGGGCUAAGGUGGCGGAUUUUGGAUUUGCAAGGCUAGGUGCCGGCGACACCGAUAAAACUCACGUCUCCACCAAAGUGAAAGGCACAGUGGGUUAUCUCGACCCAGAGUACAUGAGAACCUAUCAGCUCACCCCCAAAAGCGAUGUGUACUCUUUUGGGAUCCUGCUCAUAGAGAUCCUAACUGGACGUCGUCCUGUUGAUGCAAAGAAGCCAGUCAAUGAACGGGUGACACUUAGAUGGGCCUUCAGGAAGUUCAACGAAGGAAAUGUCGUGGACCUCAUGGACCCGAUAAUGGAGGAAAGAGUGGAUAGAGAUAUUCUGAUGAGGAUUUUUAAUUUGGCUUUUCAGUGUGCUGCGCCCGGACGAUCGGAUCGGCCCGAUAUGAAUGUUGUGGGUGAAGAGUUGUGGGGGAUAAGGGUGGACUAUCUCAAUAGUGUGAGGAGAGGGUAGUGAGAGUCAGUUCUCAAAUAUGUGCGUGUAGCAGAAUGCGUUCAGAUAAAUUGUUCAUUGUCUAGACACAUGGAAUGGUUAUGCUUGUCUCUCCAGUUUGUUACCCCAAGAAAGCUUCAUUUGGAGUUUAAGACUCAUGACAAAUUCAUUUCUUCCUUA